AUGGGAGAUGUGAUUCACGACGACAAUGGCCAAAUCUAUAGGGUGGGAGAAGAGACCCCACCCUUGCGAGUGAUGACCAUCGAGCUUCAAUACAGCAACGAGGAUCAGACUUAUCACAACAAGAUUUACGAAUGCAUGAUCAACGGAUUCAGCAAGUCGGAACUUUCAGAAACAGGUGACACUAUUCUGGAUGCUGAGGAAGCCGGUCUUCAGGACAUAAAGAAGCAUCGGAGCCGUCGCCGUCUCAGUCUCCUCGCCUUCAGCCCCUCACUCGAUAAAUUCAUCCGAAAGCUUGCCAGCAAGGAAGAACUGGGACGGAAGAUGAAGGGACUGCUGUCUGGAGUAGACCGGGGUUCAGCGUUUUUUGGGCCGCGACAUGUGGUGAAGAUAGCACAAAGACAAUUCCCGCGACCCGGGCUGCCCAAGUGA